UCAAACCUUAAUAUCCGGUGCGCAAUUAAUCACAAUUUUGUGAUUUUUUAAGAAUAAACAUUGUUACCAAAUACAAUAAAUCCUUUUUAUUUCUUAGUUCAUAAUUUAGUUAGAAUUUUGUUUUACUUAUAUGUUUCGAGAUCAGAUUUAUGAUAUGGUUUAUAAAUAAAUGGAAGUAUAAUGAAGUUGCUAGUUAUGCUUAAAAAAAAGCAGAUUUGAAUUAUUAUGAUGCAUUUUCAAGGAGUUGACUCAACUGCUCAGUUCUUAGGAGAUGUAUGGAUGAUCCAAGCUGAUCAAAAAAUCCGUCAUGAAAAGACAUUUCAAUCUCUUAAUCCUGUUAGCAAUAAAAUUUCUGGUGAACAGGCCAAGAAGUUCUUUAUGAGAUCAAACUUACCCACUCCAGUUCUUGGACAAAUUUGGUCCUUAUCCGACUUAGACCAUGAUGGCCGUAUGACACUUCAAGAAUUUAUAAUAGCUAUGCAUAUAAUUGAAAAUAAGUUAAAAGGUAUUGAAGUACCUAAAGUUCUUCCACUAUCAAUAAUUAAUAGUUCAAGUAAUUUAUCUCCACAGACUCCUACUAGUUUCAUUCAGCCUAAUGUAGGGUCACAGGCCCCACUGACUAACAUCGGAUUAUUGCAACCAACCUUUGGUGGACCUGGUAUUAUUCAACCACUUAUUCCAACACAAAAUGUCUUAGCACCUACAAGUUUAAUAAAACCGGUCAAUCCACCUCUGCAACCUAAUCCAACUUCAUAUUUUACAAAUGAUGUUUUUUCAUCUCUUCAACAAUCUCACAAUGUUUUUCCGCAACAGUUACCAAACAGCGGGUUUGUGGCUCAACCACCAAGUAGUAUAUUUUCAAGAAAUUACCAGCCUGCAGUGCCUAACCUAACCAACUUAACAUCUCAAUCUUACAUGCCGCAACAAACAUAUGGUUCAAAUAAUUCAUCUCAAUCUUACAUGCCCCAGACUACAUAUGGUCCAAAAGAUAACUUUACUCAGAAAGAUGCUUUUUCUAUACUUGGUGAUGGAUUAUCUGAUUUUCAUUUAAAAGAAACUUUAACAAGGAAUCAAUCGAUGACAAAAAGUGAAAAUUUAGAAACAAUAUCUGCUUCUAACCGUUUGAAAUAUGCUCAAAUAUUCAAGGCAGCAGAUCACUUACAAACAGGAUUUUUAGCAGGAGAACAAGCUAGGCAGCUCCUUAUACAGUCUGGUGUAGAACCAAGUAUACUUAUGAAAAUUUGGGAAUUGUCAGAUAUAAAUACAGAUGGUUGCCUUGAUCUUGAAGAAUUCAUUAUUGCAAUGCACUUGAUUAAUUUAACUAAACUAAAUAUUCCAUUACCAAAUACACUACCUCCAUCUUUGGUUCCACCUUCAAUACAAAAUAGGAAACUUAGUGUCAGUGAACCACCACAACCGCAGAGUUUUGCAAGUUUUGAAGAUAGACGAAAAAUGAACUGGGAAAAAGGUCAGUCUGAACUUGAAAGGAGAAGAAACGAACUACAGGAAAAAGAAAGAAAAGAGCGAGAGGAAAGAGAAAGAAAGGAAAGAGAAUUUGAGGAACAGAAGAUUAAAAAAAGGGAAGAAGCUGAACGUAAAAGAUUAGAGGCACUUGAAAAUGAACGUAUUCAGAAAGAGAAGUUAGAAAAAGAACAGGAGGCAUUGCGAAAGCAAAUGAUUGAGCAGCGUCAGGCUGCUCAAAUUGAAGCUGAACGUCAGAGACAAAGAGAAUGGGAAAAUCGCAAAAUGGAGGAAAUGCUCAAUCAAAAAGAGCAUGAGGAAAACAUUGUUAAAGAACUGAAAACUCGAUUGCAACGCUUAAAAGAUGAUCUUACAACGCAGGCUUUGAAUCUUGAGUCAAUGACAACUUCAUAUUCAACAAAGAAAAAUAAAGGAAUAGAACUUCAGUCAGCAAUUGAUAUUUUGAUUCAAGACAAAGAUUUAAAAAUAAAAGAUAUUUCACGGCUACAAGCUCAGCUACAGCUAUCAAAGAAAGAGUUGUCAUCACUAAUUGAUGAGCGAGAACGGUUUUCCUUAGAGCUGCAUAAUAAAGACUCAACACAAACAACUGAAGCUGUAAGUGCAAUACACUCUAGUAUCCAGCAAAUGAAGAUGGGAAUAAGCCGUCUUCGUAAAAGACUUCUAUCUAUUGAAGCUGAGACUGCUACAGUUUUAAAAGAAGCAAAUCAAAUAAACGAGAAGCAAAAGGUAUUGACUAAUAACCUGCUAGAAAAAAAACAGUUACAAAAGGAUUUAAUUUCAAAGUGUGACCAAGUAGUCAAAAGCAAAAAUGAGUUAAUAGAAUCAGUUAAAGAAAAACGUGAAGCAGAUUUAAGGUCAGAAGAGUUUAAGAAACGAGAAAAUUUUGCAACAAAACAAAAAGACAUGUUUGAAGCUUUUUCAAACUCAGGGCAUCUUCCUCAAAAAGAUACCACUUUACUAAAAAAUGAAGACAUUAUAGGUAAAGUACCACCUCCUCGUCCUAAAGAUAAACCUCAAGCUUCGCCUGUUAAGCAACCAUUUUUUUUUACUCAGUCUACCUCAAGUAGCUCAAGUAUGACAGAUUUGAAUCAAAUUAACAUUCAAGCAAGUGUAACACCUGAAAGACCAUCAGACAAUUCGUUAAAGAAAACAAAUAGUUUAAAAACACCUCCAACUCGACCUGCACUACCCAAAGUUAAGUCUGAUGUUGUACUUAGUUCCAUUGAUAAAGAAGAAAAUAAAAAAAAAGAUGAUAGUACAACUUUAAAAAAAAUGAUGUUUACCAAGGUAAUGCAAGCUGAGCAAGAAAAGAUAGCAAAAGAAAAAAUUGAGAGAGAAAGAUUUGAAAUAGAAAGUAGAAGAUUUGAAAGUGAAAAGAUAGAGAGAGAAAGAAUAGAGCGAGAAAAGAAUGAAAGAGAGAGAAAUGAGCGAGAAAGAGAUAAGCAAAAAUUGGAAAAAAAAUUGGAAGAUGAUGAAAAGAAAUUAAAACAAGUUGAAAUUACAAAACAAAUUGAAGAAAUGAGAAACAAAAGAUCAGAAAAAAAGAAAGUUUCUAUUGCUCCAGAAAAGUCUCAAGUCUUAUCUGUUGCUACUCCAGACAAAUCCCAAGUUUCAAACCAGUAUGUAAAAAGAACUCCAUAUAAACUAAUGUAUUCAUUUGAAAAUCGUAAUCCUGAUGAACUCAAUCUUAAAGAAGGAGAUAUUGUUCAGGUUGAUGAAAAUGAUAAAACUGUACCAACCGGUUGGUUGCGUGGCACAUUCAAAGGCGCUGAGGGUCUUUUUCCAGCAAAUUAUGCGUCAAAGAUACAGAAUGAUACAUUUAGCGAUUAUGUUGAACUUAAUCCAAGAGCAAAUGUUUCGGCUCUAAAUGGAAAUAUUACUACUCAAAACCCAUCAAUACAAGGUGAUGAUAAAAAAGAUUCUUUUCCAAAAUUAAAGCCAGUUAUAAAGCAACCAGAAACAAAACCAUCUGGAAAUCGGCCCAAGACAGCGCUCUUACCAUCUGUGGCAACACUGAAGCCUUUGCAACCUUUAUCAAAUACUGAAAAAGACUUUGAAAAAGAUGCUGAUUUGUUUCCUCAUUAUGAUUAUGUGGCAGACUCACCUUCUAAAACAAAUUUGGAUAUUUCUGAGCUGUAUGCAUCUCCAAUGAAAAAUAAAAUCGAUACUAUUGCUGAGUCUGAAGAUAUUUAUCAAACUGUUGGUGCACCUGUUGCAGCAAGCGAGAAUUUUGGUGAAAAAAUUCAAGCAGUCGCAUUGUAUUUGUAUCGCGCAAAAAAAGAUGAUCAUUUAAGUUUUAAUAAAGGUGAUAUGAUAAGUGUCCAGCAGCAGCAAGAUCAAUGGUGGUUUGGCGAGUGUCAUGGAGAGAGUGGAUGGUUUCCUAAAUCUUAUGUUAAGCCAAUUGGUGUUGAUAAUAGUCCUUCAAUUGAGAAUAUUGGAACUAUUAUUAAAAAAAGCGCUUCUGAAGAACAAGUUGUAAAUGUGUCUUCUACAAUUGAUAAAGAGUGUAUUGCUUUGUACAGCUACUCUGGUCCAGAUGGGGACUUGACAUUUAAUGAAGGUGAUACAAUUUUAGCUCUUAAUGAUGAUGGAGAAUGGUGGAAUGGUUAUUGCAAUGGUGUUAUUGGAAUGUUUCCUGGCAAUUAUGUUCAAGUUAUAGAAUCGAAGGAAUUAAGAAAGGAGUUAGCUUCUGUUGUCACUAAGUAUGCUGCAAACAAUAAAUAUGAAGUUUCAUUGAAUGUUGGUCAACUUGUACACAUUCAUGUAAUGAAUCCUAGUGGUUGGUGGAAAGGUGAAGUUCAGGUAAGAGGAAAAAGCAAGCCUAUUGGUUGGUUUCCAUCUGAAAAUGUCAAGUUAAAGUCUAAAGGAGAUCAACCAAAACUUCAACAAAAAAGCCAAUUUCAAAUGCAAACUAAAAAUACGGAUUCGGAAGAAAAUUUGUAUUCUGUUCCAACAAAAAAAAAAGAUCAAUAUAAACAAGUGUUAGCUGUCUUUUCAUACACAGCACAGAAUGAAGAUGAACUCACUUUUUGCAAAGGAAGUAUGAUAAAUGUUUUGAGCAAAGAUGGAGAAUGGUGGAAAGGAGAGUUGGAUGGUCAAACUGGUGUUUUUCCUUACAACUACGUACAAGAGUUGCAAAGUGAUCUUUCAACGAGUCAGUGGUCUGGAUCAUUUGAUUCUACUUUGUUAAAAUCAAUGUCAAAUGAAGAACGACAAAGACAAAACCACAUUUAUGAGUUAAUUAAUACUGAACAAGAUUACAUGAAUGAUCUCUCUUUAACUCUAGAGGUGUUUUACAACCCAAUGGCUGAGUCAAAGAUGUUAAAUGACCAUGAGCUUCACACUGUUUUUAUUAAUUGGAAAGAAUUAAUCAUGUGCAAUAUGAAGUUUUUAAAAGCAAUGCUUGUUCGUAAAAAGAUGUCAGCAACUGAUAAGAUAGAAGCUAUUGGUGAUAUUCUUAUAGAACAAUUACCUCACUUCAGUCCAUACAUACGUUUCUGCAGUUGCAUGUCUAAAGCAUGUCGCCUUCUUCAAGAUAAAGUAGAAAAAGAUGCUGAGUUUAAGCAGUUUGAAAAAAAAUGUGCUGGUGACAGUCGUUUGAAACAAAAUUUAUCUUUGAGUAGUUACUUGUUAAAGCCAUUGCAGCGCAUCACAAAGUAUCCAUUAAUUAUUUCAGGGAUUUUAAAGUAUACUCCUGAAGAACAUUAUGAUCGUGCAAAUCUUCUUGCUUCCCAUGAAAAAGCUGAAGAAUUGUGCACUCAGGUUAAUGAAGCAGUGCGUUCUCAAGAAAACUCAAGUCGGUUAGAAUGGUUGCAGGAGAGAGUUAACCUUGCAGGUCUAGAAGAGGACUUGGUUUUUAACUCUCAAACGAACUGCUUAGGUCAGCGGAAAUAUGUUUAUCAUGGAAUCCUUCACAAACAUAAAAGCAACAAAGAACUUAGAGUAUUUUUAUUUAAUGAUUUCUUACUGCUGUGUCGUCUCCAAAAUACACACUUUCAAUCGAAACCCUUAUUAACUGUUUUCCAUCCUGACAGUGGUAUGCAGUUAACUAUAUAUAAAAAGGCAAUUUUUUUAAACGAAAUUACAGUAAAGCUGCCCACUGACCCAGAAAUAAACGAAACUCUUUUUCACCUUUCUCAUAUUGAUUGCGUUUACUCGUUUCGGGCUCCAAGCAAGAUGGAAAGAAAUACUUGGGUUAACAAAAUUCAACAGGCUUCUCAAAUUUUUAUUGAAACAGAACGUGAAAAGAGAAGUAAAAUCACAAGAGCCAGAUCAGUAUGCGACAGUAAUGAAGUUGGUCGGUUAAUUGUUACUAUCAUGGAGGGUGCUGAUUUACAUCCUUCUGAUCCUACAGGUACAAGCGAUCCCUACUGUGAAGUUAGUAUGGGUUCUCAAGAGCAAAAGACAAAGGUUAUUCCAAAAGACCUGAAUCCAAAAUGGAACUCGACUAUGAUCUUUAGCGUAAAAGAUUUAGAAAAAGAUGUUCUGUGUAUAUCUGUUUUUGAUCGAGAUUUUUUUUCACCAAACGAUUUCCUUGGUCGCACUGAAGUGACCGUAUCUUCGAUAUUGAAAGAAGGUAAUGGACCAAUCACUAAAAGGUUAUUACUUCAUGAAGUUGAUACCGGAGAAAUUGUUGUAACGCUAGAGUUAAAAAAUUUAAAAAUUUUAUAAAAGUAUCAUGAACUGCAAAAAAUAGAAUAUAUCAUUAUACUUUGCUUGACUUGCACAAAUUAUAUAUAGAGAAAUAAA